AGAGAGUCAGAAAUGGCACAAUGUCAUCACCAUCCAUUGCUGCUGCUUUGUUCUCUCUGCGCCUUCCUUCCCUCGAUCCUCGCCCAGACCGUCGAGUUCAAGUUGCCUCUCAAGGCUGUGAACCUCGGGAAUUGGCUCGUCACCGAGGGGUGGAUGAUGCCUUCUCGGUUCGAUGGACUCAAUAGACAGCUCUUGGAUGGGACUCAAGUGCAGUUCAAGUCGACGAAGCUGAAGAAAUUCCUGUGCGCUGAAGGAACCACCAUCGUCGCCAACCGCGACCGGGCCGCCGGCUGGGAAACCUUCAGGCUGUGGAGGAUUUCCGACACAAAAUUCAACAUCCGAGCUUUCAACAAGAAUUUUGUUGGAUUGCAAGGCAAAAGAAUAAUGGUUGUAGCAGUUUCCAGUACUCUGAGUACCUCGGAGACUUUCGACAUUUUAAGGAACCCGAACAAUCCCAAUCGAGUGCGACUCCGAGCAUCUAAUGGGAUGUUUCUCCAGGUGAAGUCACUGACAGAAGUGACGGCAGACAAUACUGGUGAUAUGAGUUGGGACGAUAAUGACCCGUGCGUGUUCGAAAUGAACACUGUUGGUGGCUUACAAGGCGAAUACCAGUUAACAAAUGGCUAUGACCCCAGUGAUGCCUCAAGACUCAUGCGGGAUCAUUGGAACACUUACAUUACCGAGCAAGACUUCCAAUUUAUGGCGGCCAAAAGUCUAACUGCCGUGAGAAUUCCGGUAGGAUGGUGGAUCGCAUAUGAUCCGACACCGCCAAAGCCUUUUGUGGGAGGCUCGCUGAAUGUACUGGACAAGGCUUUCACUUGGGCAGCGAGAUACGGUAUGAAGGUAAUAGUUGAUCUCCAUGCUGCACCGGGAUCUCAGAACGGGGAAUCUCAUAGCGCGUCGAGAGAUGGAUUUCUGGAAUGGGGUGACUCUUACAUUCCGGACACUCUGAAAGUUAUAGACUUCCUAGCAGAAAGAUACUGCAACCAUUUGGCAUUGGUCGCGAUAGAGCUGAUGAACGAGCCUCGAGCUCCGGAUGUGAAGUUGGAGGAUCUUAUUAAUUACUACCGGUUAGGUUACGAGGCCGUGAGGAGGCACACUCAGUAUGCUUAUGUGAUCCUGUCCAACCGCUUGGGACCGGCCGACCCACAAGAGCUCCUUCAGAUGGCGAGAGGCAUGAGCCGAGUGGUGAUCGACGUUCAUUACUACAACCUCUAUGAUCCGAAGUUUAAGCAGUGGAAUCUGCAGCAGAACAUUGGCUACAUCUAUGUCGAUAGAAAAACUGAUCUGAGCAAAGUAACACAACCAAACGGCCCCCUGAGCUUUGUUGGGGAAUGGACCUCGGCAUUGGACUUCAGUGGGGCAACAAAGGAGGACUCGCGGAAGUUCGCCAAGGCUCAGCAAGACGUGUACGGGCAGGCCACUUUCGGGUGGGCGUACUGGUCGUAUAAGUGCCAGUACGAUACCUGGGAUCUUAAACAGAUGAUUGAAGGCGGUCUCAUACAUAUCUAGCUCGAUUCUAUUCGGUAGUUCGUCAUGCUCGUCAACCGGGUCAUGCCAUCAUGAAUGCUAAGAAUAAAAGGUCGGUAAUGGUUUAGGGAAUGUAUGUAUUAUCAAAAGUUACCAUUAUGGUGACAAUAAUAGAAUUAAAUAAGAUUCAACUUGAGCAUGCUUCCACUA